AUGUCGCUUAUACGUGCUUUAAACAAAUCAGAUAUGAUUGGUACAGCCAGAAUUCUUGACUUAUUUCCUAGUGAAAUUUUUUGUCGAGAUAACGAAGAUCGUAUAGCAUUACAUUAUGCAGCUGAAACAGCGGAUGCGGAAACAUUUAAACGAAUUCUCGAAAUGGAUCAAUCAUUGAUUCACUGUCAAGAUCAAAAUGGUUACACACCAUUAUUGAUAGCAUCAAUGAGCGGAAAUGUACCAGCGAUAAAAUUAUUGAUAGAAAAUGGUAUUCAAAUUAAUCAUAUUGAUAAGGAAAAGCAUUCCGCUGUACAUUGGGCUGUUGCUUGUGGACAACUGGAAGCAUUGGUGACAUUGUUGGACAAUGGUGCUAAAGUUGAUUUUGCUGACAAUCAAGGUGCACAAGCAGUACAUUAUAUAGCAGCUGCAGAAGAUAUUUCAUUAGAACGUUGUGAAGCAAUAUUACAUAUGUUAUUGAAAUAUGGCGCAAAUGUAAAUGCACGUGAUAUUGAUGGUAGGACACCAAUAUUAUGGGCUGCAAGUUAUGGUAAAUUUUUUUAUUUUUUAAAAAAUAAAUUAAAUUCAAAAGUUUAA